GGUAACCCUCGACAAUGACUACUUUCUUGUUAAAUUUUUGUCGAUCGAUGACUAUGAAUUUGCCAAAUAUGGGGGUCCAUGGAUGGUCUUGGAUCACUAUCUUAUUGUGAAAGAGUGGGUGCCAAAUUUUGAUCCGUUUAUAGAUGAAACUGAAAAGAUGCUUGUGUGGGUUCGGUUCCCUUGCCUACCAGUAGAAUACUACGACUAUAGUUUUCUUAUGCGCGUGGCAGAAAAGGUUGGCAGGCCGAUAACCAUUGAUACAGCGACGAGUCUUGUUUCCCGAGCAAGGUUUGCAAGGGUGUGUGUGGAAGUGGAUAUAACCAAGCCCCUUCUUUCUAAGUUCAAGCUUAGGAGACGCAUCAGAUGUGUAUCGUAUGAGGGGCUCCAUAUGAUAUGCUUCAAUUGCGGAAUCCAUGGACAUGCUGUCGAAGGCUGCCCGAAGAAAAUGACUACUGAGCAAGCAAACACCGAGAUUGGAGAGGAGGAACAAUUACCAACAAUGGAAGGGAACACAAUUGGUGGACACAUCGAGCGCACACAAGGCAAAUAUCAAGGGGCUUGGGCUACACACCCUAAUUUUUUGGACAUGAUUGAGGAAACUUGGAACAAGGAGGACAAUGUUUGGAAAAACAUUAAUAAUAUGGCUACUGCUUUUGAAAUUUGGAACCGGGCCACCUUUGGGAAUAUCCACCAGAGAAAGAAGCAGUUGACCAAGAGACUUGAAGGGAUUCAACGAGCUUUGGACAACAACCCCCAUUCCGGCCUUAUCAAACUUGAGAAGAAGCUAAGGAGGGAACUUGAUAAUACACUUCACCAGGAAGAAAUAUUUUGGUAUCAACAGUCUUGGGAGGAGUGGAUCACUUCGGGAGAUUUGAACACCAAGUAUUAUCACACCAUUGUCAAUAUGAAGAAGGCUCGAAGACAGAAAAUCCAACUCAAAGCAGAUGAUGGCUCCUAUCUUAAAGACAAAGACAUGGAGAGGAUAGCUACCCAAUUUUAUGAUAAUCUUUUUACUAAAGAAGGGGAAGUUGAUUUUAGUGAUCUUCCGAAAGGCAAGUUCCCGACCAUAGAGGCGGACAAAUGGGAAGAAGUCUACAAACAGAUUACAAUGGAAGAUGUGAAGACUUCUUUGUUCGAUAUGGCCCCACUCAAAGCUCCCGGACCCGACGGCUUUCACGCAAGCUUCUAUCAAAAAGCCUGGAAAGUGGUUGGGACUUCCGUGCACAAACAGAUCCUCUUUUCUAAACAUGUAACGACAGAAGAAGCUAGUGAAAUCACUAAUUUGGUUGGAAUACCUCAAACCCGUGAUCUUGGCAAAUACCUUGGAGUCACGUCCAUUCACGGGAGCAUAACAAACAACUUGUUUAAUCCUAUUCUAGACAGACUCAGUGCCAAGUUGGAGGGCUGGAAAACCAAGCUGCUUACGUUUGCGGGCAGACGUGUUCUCGCGCAAUCCGCACUCAGUACUAUUCCUUACUACGUCAUGCAAACAAUGAUGCUACCGAUAGGAAUCCUUGAGGAAAUUGAUAAACGAGUUCGGGGCUUCAUUUGGGGCAGCACCACGGAAAAAAAGAGAUGUCACCUUCUUAGUUGGGAACAAGUGACAAAACCAAUUGACUUAGGGGGUCUUGGAAUCAAAAGUGCCAAGGAGAUGAACAUAGCCUUUGUUGCUAAACUUGGGUGGCGUCUUUUAAAUGAAAGAGACAGCUUGUGGGCUAGAGUAUUAAUAUCUAAGUAUGCAAGACAUAGAACGAGAAAAGAUAUGUUUCAAAGCACGAAGGGUGAUUCUAAUGUUUGGAAAGGAAUUACUAAUGCCAUGCAAUUGGUGGGCACUAGCUUUAUUCACAAGAUCAAUAGCGGCACCCAAACAAAGUUCUGGUUGGAUACAUGGGUUGGAGAGGAGCCGUUGAUUAACUUCAUCCAGGACGUGGGAGCACUACGUAACAUGCAUGCAGCUGUCGCUGAUAUGUGGGAUGACAUGAGCGGGUGGAAAUGGGACCACCUUCCCAAUUUACCAGCAAAUAUUGUAUCCUAUUUACAUUUGUUGGUGCUUGAUAGAUGCUCAAGUAGACGAGACGAAGUGUACUGGAAGCACGAACCUUCAGGUAAGUUCUCUGUUGCUUCAGCAUAUAACAUGAUUAAGGGCGUUAACUCUAAUCUGCAGGAAAAAAGUUGGUCAAUGAUUUGGAAACUCAAGGUCCCAAGCAAGAUCAAACUUCUGCUAUGGACCAUGAGCCACGAUAGAGUGUUGGGAAACGCUGAGCGCAAGAGGAGAGGCUUGACGGCGGAUGGUAGCUGCCUCAUAUGCAGCGGGCAUGAAGAGACAACUGAUCACAUAUUUAGGUCUUGCAUCAAGGCUAAACGUGUCUGGAAUGACAUUGGGGUCAACAUGAACACAAAUAGCGAUGGUGAGGUCAAGAACUGGAUCUACAAAAAUGUCUCACAGAAGAUACACAACAACAUCGACAACGACUGGGGUAUCACUUUCGCCACUGCUUGCUGGUGGAUAUGGCGAUGGCGAAAUGCUAGGACUUUUAGUGGCGAGGAGCUGGAAGAUAAACGGAAGAUCAGUUGGAUCAAAGAGGCAGUUAGAGAAAUUAAUACUGCUUUUCGGAGACAGCGGAUGGUGGGCAACAUUCCCAACUCAGCCGAUUGCUCGCUUAGGUGGAAGAUGUCUCAAGAUUGUGAAUGGACCCUCAAUGUUGAUGGUAGUUGCAAAACAUUCAUCGACAAAGCAGGUAUCGGUGGUGUCCUUCGGAAUAGCAGAGGUGAGUGGAAAGGUGGUUUUACGGCCAAGGCUAGAGAAAGGAGUGCAACAUCGGUGGAAGUUAUGGCCAUCUCUGCGGGUAUUCAGUGGGCUUGGGAACAAGGAGUUCGAGAACUUGAGAUUCAAACGGACGCAGGUGAGGCUGUUAAGUGGAUUGCUGACAAUAAUUCACUUAGAGGACCUACUCGUCACAUCAUUGAUAACAUUAAGAAGUGGCAAACUAAGUAUAGAAGGAUCAAGAUAAAGAGCAUAUUCCGCGAACAAAAUUUUGCGGCUGACCACAUGGCUAGUAUUGGAGCUUUUCAGCAUGCUGAUUGGAUUGAGCAUGAAGUUCCCCCACCUGGGAUGGAGGACAUCAUUACAAGGGACAAGAUAGGCGUUACCAGAAUUCACAGAGUUACUUCUCCUGAGGAGACGAGUUAGUUCCGGGUUUCCCCCCUCCCCAUUUGAUAAAAAAAAAUGUUAUAGGGAGUAUCUUUACUGUAAUGUUUGAGACUCCAAGAUAAUUCGACAAGUAGACAAUACACUUGGCCAUUUUUG